AUGGCGUCUGGCUCCAUCCCAAGUCCACGUUGGUCGUCCAUGGGUCUGGAGGAGCUUUGUCACCGAUACACGCAUUUGAAGCAGGUGCGUUUACAUGCAAUGGAAAAACGUGCUUCUAUUGUCUGUGGGGAUGGACUGUUCAAUGAUAGCAUUGACUAUCUCAAGAUUGAAGAACAGCUUUGUGCCUCGCGAAUGAGUGCAAUCGAGGACGAACUCAAAUCAAGGGGGCAGCCUGUGAAUUCACCAUUAGCCACGCCCCAAUUGACAUCCUCACCCUCUAUGCUUUUGUCUUCAUCACAGCCACAGACCGUGCCGUCGCAGCAUGAGCCUGAAUCAGUUGACCUUCUCGAUGAAGAUGAUAUUGAUGACGACGAUGAUUUUGAUAUGUUGAUACCCGAUGAGGACUUGGUGCAGAUGGAGAUACCCACAUCCACACCGACAACUACAGGCGCAGGCAACAAAGCGCCACCAUCUGCAUCACUAUCUGAACAAAGCCCAAUCAAACCCACUUCCUCGACUCUAUUCUAUCCAUGGGACGAUCAGGUCCGACACUCUCUACAUCACAUCUUCCUCCUGAAGGAGUUCCGCGCUGACCAGCUUGAAGCGAUCAACGCUACACUUUCGGGGCGCGAUGUAUUUUGCCUCAUGCCGACUGGUGGUGGCAAGAGUCUUUGCUAUCAGCUUCCAUCGACAAUUACGCUAGGUCGAACUAACGGCUUGACUGUGGUUGUGUCCCCCCUUCUUGCACUAAUUCAUAACCAAGUCAAAAGCCUGUUGCGUAAAGAUGUGCCAGCGAUGGCUAUUACUGGUGACAUGUCCGACGCUGACCGAAGGUAUGCAAGCUCUGAACUGUUGCGCAAGAACAUCAAUGUACGACUUCUUUAUGUGACGCCAGAGUUUAUCAGCAAGUCGCGCUUGGCCUCGCAGCUUUUACAGCACCUAUACCAGACACAUCAGCUCGCACGCUUUGUGAUCGACGAGGCUCACUGUGUGGACCAGUGGGGUCAUGAUUUCAGGCCCGAUUAUGUGCGAUUGAAUUUGCUGCGCAAGACAUAUCCCACGGUCCCAAUCAUGGCACUCACUGCGACGGCACGUAUUGAUACGGUUCAAAGCAUCCAGCAGAGCCUUGGCAUGCGAAAUGCACUCGUACUGCGGCAGUCGUUCAACCGCCCGAAUCUGACGUACAAGGUGUGUCCGAAGAUGCGAGGCAGUGCAACGCUGGAAACCAUCGCGGCAAUUAUUCAAAAGCACCAUGCGAAUGAGUGUGGCAUCAUCUAUUGUCUCUCGCGUCGAGACUGCGAGAAUGUUUCGACAGACCUCGGCAACAAGUACGGGAUUCAAGCGCGUCACUUCCAUGCGGGAUUGAAUAUCGAAGACAAACUGCGCAUACAAGAGGGAUGGGAAGCAGGCACAUUCAAGGUCAUUGUUGCUACCAUUGCGUUUGGGAUGGGGAUCGACAAAGCCGAUGUCCGAUUCGUGAUCCACCAUUCCAUGCCAAAAAGUCUUGAAGGAUACUACCAAGAGACGGGACGCGCUGGUCGCGAUGGCAAAUGGUCGGACUGUAUACUCUUCUGGUCUAUGGAAGACAGUCGCAAGCUUGAGGCCAUGAUUGACGAGUCGCCCGAUGCGUCUGCUGAGCAAAAACGACUGCAAAUCAAAAGCUUGUACCAGGUGCGCACGUUCUGUGAAUCACUCACAGAGUGCCGUCGCACGAAUAUUCUCAAGUAUUUUGGUGAGAAGUUCGACCCCAAGCUCUGCCAUGCCAGCUGUGACAAUUGCCAGCGAAGCCCCGCUCACUGCGUGGAUAUGACCACAUCAGCCAAAGACUUUGCAAACAUGGUGAAACUCAUCACACAACAACGCCAGCAGCGAAACUCGCCUCCCCGCUUCACGAGAAUCCAUUUCGUCAAUGUAUUCCGCGGAAGUCAGAGAAAGGAAGUCAAAGACCACGGUCACCAUCACAAUCUGUACCACGGCUCGGGUGCUCAUUAUUCGGACGAUCAAGUUCGGCGACUUGUCGACCAUUUGCUGAACCAAAAGGUCCUGGCAGAGUACUCGAGCAAGACAAGAUUCCAACGGUUCGCGAACUACUAUCUACAGCUCGGACCCAAUGCGUCAAAACUCUUGCAAGGUCACUUGUCCGUCCGCGUUGACAUGCCGAGUAAUCCAAGUGUUGGCGCCGCUAGCACCUCAAGACGCUCGAACACUUCUGCAGCACUUCAUGGACCGACGUCAGUGCGUGCGGAAUCGCCAUCGUCUUCAGAUGAUAUGGAUCUCACUUUCAUAUCAUUGAGUCCCCACAGAAUGAAGACCGUGGCAGCGCCAGCGGCAGCCCAUCAGUCAGUAUCCACGGCGCCCUCGUCAGGGGUCCUAGCUGGGAAGAAUGGAACGGCAGCAUCAAUAACUACCUCGCCUGCACGACCGCUUGCGGACCGAACGAACCGCCUAGCAACUGGGCCUGUCGCCACUCCUCACGUCCAUAUCGCUGCGAUGCCGCUGCGCAAACCGCCAGUGCGACGAAAAUAA